UGGUGUUGGCGUUGCAGCGUCCAGUCCAUCCGCUCGAUUGACUGCCCCAUGCCAUCCACUGUGAGGGUUAGCCGAUUCAGAGUAUCGGCUAUGGACUGUAAGGACGCCUUGGCGGGAGCGGAGGCAGGGGCAUGGGCACGGGCACGACUCGGUCUAGCGCCGGUUCCGUCACCGGACUUUUUCCGGAAGGUGCUGUCUUGGAUGAUCCAAAUCUUUGUCAUCUUCGUAUCCGGGCCGGCGAUGGAGAUGUCGGCGGGGAUGAUGAGGUCCAUGACGAGGAAGGCGUAUGGCAAGCUCCGCUCAGUGGCGAUGGAGGCGCAAUCCGCCAUGUGGAUCAUCACGAAUUUCGCCCAAUUGAUGGAGGCGCCGUGGAUGAUGGCAUGAAUCGCCUUCAAGUCCUCGUUGAAGAGCGAGGUAUGGCUGCUGUCCCGGGGGCGGAGAAUCUGGGUGAUGAUGUAGAGGAGGAGGCGCUUGUCCGGUGGGGCCGAGUGAAUCGUCGGUGCACCGCUAUGACGGAUGAGGUUGGUGAUCCCAAGCUCUCGGAUGACCACCGCCUCGUUGUUGAGGAUCCAAUCAUCGCCACCAUAGGUUGCGAUGUCGGCACCGCGGAUGGGCAGCCCUGCGACCCGAGCGAAGGUAGGCAAAUCAAUCUCUAUGUCGUAGAGAUUGAUGCUGCUGCGAAUGGUAGGAUCUACCCAUCGAUGGGAAGGUCGCCACUGGAAAGCAAGGAAGGACUCAAGGCUGCCUUCCCAGCGAUGUUUGCAUUUUCCCAUCGAUGGGAAGGUGGCUUCUGGAAAAGAGAACAUGGCCUUCCCAGCGAUGUUAAUACCAUCCCAUCGCUGGUUUGGUAUUUUUGAAAAUCCGUUAAAGAAUUUUUUUAAAAAAUAGUGUCAAAUACCCAGCGAUGGGAGGAACUUCCCAUCGAUGGGUUUGGAGGUUCUGAAACAAAAACAGGACCUCACCCAGCGAUGGGAUAAACUACCCAUCGAUGGGUAAAGGCGUUUUGGAAAUCUGUUAAAAACAUUUAAGUCAAACACCCAGCAAUGGGAGAAAGUUCCCAUCGAUGGGUUGGGAGGUUCUGGAAAAAUAUUUUUUUGAUAAAAGUCCUUCACCCAGCGAUGGGACAAAGUACCCAUCGAUGGGUUAGGGUGUUCUGG